ACCAAGAGAUUUCUUACCUGUCUGCAUUAAAUAUUUGCUACUACAAUACAACUGACCCUCCCUCUCUCCCUCUCUCGUUUCUCUCUCUUAUUUGUUGUGGAAUAUAGACGACAGUGCAAUCUCAUUUAAUUACAGAAGAAACCAUUCACAUCUAUUACAUAAAGCACUUGCUCCUCAAACAAACCCUCUCCCUUCGGCAGAGGCCAAGCAUUCUUCGCCGACAAACCGCCGCUACGAAGGUUAUUUUUUUGAUUGAAACAUGAGUGGAACUCCUAAUAGAAGGCCCCAUGAAGAUGGGGGUAAUGGCACUGGCAGUACUGGUGGUAGUGUCAAUCACAGUCACCCCUCUGUUUUAAAGUAUCCACAUGAUGACCAGGGAACAUAUUCUGGUAUAGGUGGGAAGGUUGUUGUGUCAUCCAGGCAUGACUACCAUUCUCCCUAUGACAUGGGCCAGGAAGGUCGCAUGCCUAGGAAUGUACCGCGUAGCACUGAGUCUCGUGAUGCAGAGCGGAGGUCACCGUUGCUUCCUAAUAUGUUAUUUAGGGUGCCAACACCAAAUGAUUCACACUCUGAUCAUGUUGGUUCAGAGAGCAGGAUUGAGUUCAGGGAGGCAAAAGACAGCAUCAAGGAGAAUAAGGUCGAGAAUCGCAACAUGAAGUCUGAGUCCAGGGAGUUGCUGCAGACUGCCAAAUCUGAUAAAUAUGAUGGCAGAGGUGAUGAUAAUAAAGAACCAAAACAUGAAAGAGAUACAUACUCUGAGCCUAAGGGCUAUGAGAAGCUAGAUAAGGAUGUUUAUAGUGCAUCCAACAGCCAGUUGAAUUGGAAAGAUGUGAAAGAACAACAGCGUCUGAAACAAUAUCCUGAUGUCCCAGGAGGAAAUGCUGAAACCUGGCAAACAUCGCGAGGUAGCUUGCAUGGCCCAGCUGAUGCUGGUAAGGAAAGUUUACAUGUUGAUGACAAGGACUUUGCUGAAGCUCGUGAAGCAGUUGGGGAGAACAAGGUUGAUACAAAAGUUGAUGACAAGUUCAAAGACAAAGAUAGAAAGCGCAAAGAAGUGAAGCACUGGGAUUUGGGGGAAAGAGAUAAAGAAAGAAUUGAUCGCCGGAACACAUUGCAGCAUGGCAAUAACAGUAACGAAAACAAAGAUAUGGGAAGGGAGGAAAGAGAGUCUGAGAGGUGGGGAAUUGAAAAGAAAGAGCCUCAGAAAGAAAAGGAAAAAUUUAAUGAAAAGGAAAAAGAUAAUGUGAAGAAGGAGCUGUGGAAUGGUUCGGACAAAGAGGCUCCUCACAAUGAGAAGGAGCUCGUAGAAAUUCCGGGAAAAUCUAGUGAACAGGAAAACUCCACUUUAGAACUGAAGAAGAAAGAUCAUGAUAACUGGAAAAAUGUUGACAGGGAGGCAAGAGAGAAGAAGAAGGAACGGGAUGUUGAUGUAGAAUCAGAGAGACCUGAUAAACGCAGUAAGUAUCAUGAAAAAGAACUAGAAGACAGUAUGCAUGUUGACGGAGGCACUGAACGGGAAAGAGAAGUUUUCAGUUGUGGGGUUCAGCAGAGAAAAAGAAUGCUGCGGCCAAGAGGUAGUCCUCAACUUGGGAGUCGUGAUUCACGUUUUAGAUCUGGUGCCAAUGAUAAUGAAGGGUCACAAGGUAAAAUUGGUGUGUCCUGUGUUGUUUAUAAAAUUGGUGAGUGCAUGCAAGAACUCAUAAAAUUGUGGAAGGAAUAUGAAUCAUUGCAAGCUGAUAAAGCAUGUGAUGGCGCUCAGAAUGGCCCUACUUUAGAAAUUUGCAUACCAGCAGAACAUGUUACAGCUACUAAUCGCCAAGUGAGAGGUGGACAGCUUUGGGGCACUGAUGUGUACACGGUGGACUCUGAUUUGGUGGCUGUUCUUAUGCAUACAGGAUAUUGUCGCCCAACGGCUUCUCCCCCUCCAUCUGCUACUCAGGAGUUAAGGGCUACUAUCAGAGUGCUGCCACCACAAGAUUGUUAUAUUUCUACCCUGAGGAAUAAUGUCCGUUCGCGUGCAUGGGGUGCUGCGAUUGGUUGCAGUUAUCGUGUUGAGCGGUGUUGCAUCGUGAAGAAAGGAGGUGGGAUCAUUGAUCUUGAACCUUGUCUUACACAUUCAUCAACUAUGGAGCCUACUUUAGCUCCAGUUGCUGUGGAGCGCACAAUGACCACUAGAGCCGCAGCUUCGAAUGCAUUACGCCAGCAAAGGUUUGUGCGUGAAGUAACAAUUCAGUUCAACCUCUGCAUGGAGCCUUGGAUGAAGUACAGCAUCAGUGCUGUUGCUGACAAAGGUCUAAAAAAGUCCCUCUUUACAUCUGCACGCUUAAAGAAGGGAGAAGUGCUAUAUGUAGAGACUCAUUCUCGCAGGUAUGAACUUUGCUUUAAUGGAGAGAAGGUAUUAAAAACUGCAACAGCAUCUCAUGCACACGGAUCUGAAACUGGAAGACCUCAAACUAACAAUGCACAUUCCAUUAAUGGUGAGCGAAGUGCUGUGGACGGUGAAAGCACUGUUGCAGACAUAUUCCGUUGGUCUCGUUGUAAGCGUCCGCUUCCUCAGAAAAGUAUGCAGAGUAUUGGAAUUCCAUUGCCUCUUGAAAAUGUAGAGGUUUUGGAGGAUAAUCUGGAGUGGGAUGAGAUAUCGUGGUCGCAAACUGGUGCUUGGAUUGCUGGGAGGGAAUACCAUAUUGCUCGUGCACAUUUUCUUUCCCAAAGUUAGAUGCGGUGAUGUCUUUCGACUGGACAAACAGCAUGUAUUCCUGUUUCUUAGGGAAUUCAUAGACAGAACUUAAUGGUGUAGAUCACUAAUUUAAUCAAAUUAUACUUGAUACAGGAGAAUGGGGUUUGAGACUGAAUAGAUUGGCUAUGCUACUCUUGUUAUUUAUGAUGUUUGUCUUUUUAGAGCCA